CUAUUGGAGUUUUUAACGCCAUCACAAUUUUGCGCCACUUUUCCCUAUCCUGAAUUAUGUUUCUCCACUCUUCAACUCCUGUUAUUUCUAAAUCAUUCUCCACCACAUCCAACCACCUUUUUCUUGGUCGGCCUCUUUCCUGUUACUUUUGAAGACAUUACUGCUUUGAGUGUGCUAUUUUUGUUACCAAGCAUUAUACUUCCAUGCCUGAAAUCCUCUGACCAAGAUAAUAUCUACUUAUUUAAUUAACUGAAAUGUGCUCUUAAUAUUUUUAGUGCCGUGUUAAAUUUCCGUAUGAAAUUUGCUGUGUAUGUACCAGACAAUUUGGAAGGCCCUGCUCCAGUCUUAUAUAUUUUGGGGGGCAUGUCAAGUUCUGAACAAACUUUUAUACAGAAGUCAGGGUUUCAACGAUGGGCAGCACAUUAUGGAAUAAUCGUAGUGUCACCAGAUGUGUGCCCUAGGGUUACUUUUGGUGUUGAAAAGAAUGAAAUUGAAGCUAAAGGCUUGUCAUUUUAUGUAAAUGCUGUGAAAAAACCGUGGAACAGGAAUUAUCAAAUGUAUUCAUAUGUGAAUGAAGAGCUACCUAGUAUUAUUCAGGAGAACUUUAAUGUAAACAAAGACAGACAGUCAAUCAUGGGUCACAGUAUGGGAGGUCAUGGUGCAUUAAUAAGCGCACUUAAAAAUCCUGGCAAGUUUCGUUCAGUCUCAGCUUUAGCUCCGGUUUGUAAUCCAUCUAAAACACCCGAUAUACAAUUUAUAUUAAAGUGUUAUUUUGGAGAUGAUACAAAAACUAUGGAGGAAUGGGAUGCUACCUGUUUAGUAGCUGAUUACAAGGGACCAGAGUUGAAUAUCCUCAUACAUCAAGGGAAUAAUGAUAAAUACGCCGAACAAUUAAAAUUGGAAAAUUUUAUAAGCGCUUGUGAAAAGGCAGGGAUUGAAAUUUCUGUAAAUAUAGAAGAAGGAUAUGAUCACGGUUUUUAUUUCAUUUCAAGUUUUAUGGAACAGCAUUUUCAUCACCAUUCUAAAUUUUUGUGUGGCUCUUAAUAAUUUGAUGAAUUUUAUGUAUUUUUAAGUAGUAUUAUACUCGUAUAAUGAGUGGUGUGUCAAGACUUAUAUGUUACCUAAAUAACUUUACCAAAACUUAAUUUUAAUUUGCAUAAUUAGAAAAUAUAUGGAUAAAUGGAUUAUAAUAAAUAAUAUUUGCAAAUUGUAAUGUUAUUAAAUUUGGAUGCUACCAAACUAAUAACUGUGCCACUAAGAA